AUGGCAACCCCCAUGACAGUCCGUCAUAUCUCAAGGUGCAUCAUCAAACCGAAAUGCCUUCCAGAAGAAUCAAAACAGAUUUAUCACUUAAACCCAUGGGAUAUCUCACUGCUCUCCGUUCACUACAUCCAAGCUGGUCUUCUUUUCCCCAAACCUACUCCUGUUUCCAUCAACCAAGAAGACCACCGCCAUGGCAUCCCCGCUAUUAUUGACCAGCUUAAGGAUUCCCUUUCUCGCACCCUUGUUCACUUCAUUCCCCUUACCGGCCGUUUCAUCACACAGAAAAGCAACAACCCACAUUCUUACUCAAUUUCUGUAGACUGCAGAGACGCUCCAGGGGCUGAAUUCAUCCAUGCUGUAGCAGACCUGAAGAUAGCUGAUGUUCUCUCUCCAAUUGACGUGCCCCCUAUCGUCCAUUCCUUCUUUGCCUUCAAUGGAGUUGUCAACCAUGAUGGCCACACCAUGCCUUUACUAGCUGUUCAAGUCACAGAAUUACUAGAUGGAAUCUUCAUGGGUUGCUCCUUUAACCACGCCAUUGGUGACGGCGCUUCCUUCUGGCAUUUCAUUAAUACUUGGUCUGAACUCUGUAGAGAAAAAGUAAAAGAUAAGCGUAUCUCACUCCCACCAAUAAUACUUGAGCGUUGGUUUCCAAAUGGCCAUGGUCCGAUUGUAAAUCUACCAUUCUCUGACCACUCAGAGUUCAUCAUCGAGGGAUACAAUCCACCCAAGCUCAGAGAGAGGUUCUUCCAUUUCUCAGCACAAACCAUGGCAAGACUCAAAGCAAAGGCCAAUGCAGAGUGCAAUAUAACCACCAUCUCCUCACUUCAGGCGUUGUCAGCCUUGCUCUGGAGGGCUACCACACAAGCGCGUCGGUUAGACGUUAAUCAGACAACGAAUUGCACCUUUGUCAUCAGCAACAGGCCAAGAUUGAAUCCACCAUUAUCUCCAAACUACUUUGGAACUGCAAUUCAGGCAGUGAGUGGGACAACAACAGUGGGAGAACUACUAAGCCGUGGUCUUGGGUGGGCAGCAUUAAUAUUGCAUCAAGCUGUGGCCAGACACACAGACAGUGUGGUGCGCGAGCAGAUGGAAGCAAAUAUGGUAGCUCCCUUCAUUUACUAUCUUAGGGAGUCAUUCGAUCCAUGUAGUGUGAUGGUUGCCAGUUCGCCAAGAUUUGACAUGUAUGGGAAUGAUUUUGGGUGGGGAGAACCAAUGGCUGUGCGCUGUGGGCCUGCUAACAAGUUUGGUGGGAUGGUGUUUGCACACCCCGGGAAAGAAGGGGGUGGGAGUGUGGAUUUGGAGGUGUGCCUUCCGCCUGAGGAAAUGGGUGCCCUUGAGUCCAUUGAAGAGUUUAUGGAGGCAGUCUCUCCAUUAAUUCCACUAUCACACUCCACAACCAAGAUUCAUCAGUCUGCAUUGCCUUAA